CUUUCCUUCCGCUACGAGCAACAACGCCGUGUCCAAGUUUCCCAUGAGCAUGACAAGGAUGCUACUCUUGUGUGUACAGAUAGUUCUAUUACAGGCGAUCCUGGCACUCCUAUUGAUUUAAAUUACGCCUUAUUUGUCGACGCAGCAUCCUUGCCAACACUCGCCGGUAGUCGCGAAAUAUGUCAGUCAGGUGCAGUGGAUUUAAACCCCUUGAUACCCUCUGCGACAUCACAGACGGAAGAUCUUUCGCGAGAUCCUCUCGAGGAGGAGCUUCGUCAACGAAGGAUACCUACUUCGACACAAUCGAAUGAGAAAAGCCCUAGUUAUUCUGGUAUGAAUGUUCAGAAAUUUUUAUUGAUUCCUACAUUCUCAAAAAAACAGAUAUGCUAG